AUGACUAAAGCUAAUGAUGAUGUGGAUCAUUUAUUCGAAGUACGUAAUAAUUUCUACCUUGGAGCAUACCAAAAUUGUAUUAAUGAGGCACAAAAUUUACAAGUGAAAGAGGAAAAUGAUAAGCUGCUGAAGGAUGUCUAUAUGUAUAGAGCAUAUCUUGCACAAAAUAAACCAAAUUUAGUGCUGAGUGAAAUUGAAAAAAGUUCAACUUCACCUUCUCUAAGAGCAGUACGACGUUUUGCGGAUUAUUUGGCCAACCCAGAUAAAAGAGCAGUAAUAAUGAAAGAAUUUGAAACAGAGCUGAACGAAGAGAUUCCUCACAACGAAACUGUUUUAUUAUUAGCGGCUCACAUGUAUAUUCAUGAACGAAAUGUGGAAGAAGCAUUACGCUUGCUCUGUCAGUGCGAUUCUUUAGAAAGUAAAGCGUUGGCUGUGCAGUGUUUACUAAAGAUUGAUCGAAUAGAUCUGGCUGCGAAAGAAAUUAAAAGGAUGCAAGAAAUAGAUGAAGAUGCUACUAUAACUCAGCUUGCGCUUGCUUGGGUCAAUAUCGCGCUUGGGAAAGACAAAUUGAAAGAUGUAUUUUAUACUUAUCAAGAGAUGAUAGAUAAAUAUGGCGCAACACCACUUUUACUAGUUGCUCAGUCAUCGAGCCUGAUUCAACAACAAAAAUAUGAGGAGGCGGAAAAAUUACUUCUAGAGGCACUACAAAGAGAUGCUAACAAUGCAGAGGCAGUCAUAAAUUUGGUUGUUGUCAGCCAGUAUCUCGGAAAAGCACCAGAAGUUACGAACCGCUAUAUCAAUCAGUUAAAGGAAGGCUUCCCAAAUCAUCAGUGGACUCUUGACUACAUUGCUCGUGAGAAAGCCUUUGAGCGAGUUGCAUUAGAAGCGGAGAUUUGA